AUGGCCGUUCCUCUCUCCCACCCAUUGCUCACCUCGUCACCGCCGCGCUAUCGUCCUUACGUCGCCUUUCCUCACUCCCAUCCUAUCACCCACCUCGUCGCCCUCGCGCUUGCCUCGAAUCGCCUUACCGUCGGCCCUCCCUCCCCUCCCAUUACCCACCUCGUCGCUAUCGAGAUCGCUCCGAAUUUCCCAUCCCGUCGUCCCUCCUCUCGCCCCUCCCUCUCCGUCGUUCCUCCUCUCUCCCCUCCCAUCACGUCGUCCCUCCUCUCUCCCCUCCCAUCCCGUCGUCCCUCCUCUCUCCCCUCCCAUCCCGUCGUCCCUCCUCUCUGCCCUCCUUACCCGUCGUUCCUCCUCUCUCCCCUCCCCCACCGUCGUCCCUCCUCUCUCCCCUCCUAUCCCGUCGUCCCUCCUCUCUGCCCUCCUUACCCGUCGUUCCUCCUCUCUCCAGUCCCAUCCCGUCGUCCCUCCUCUCGCCCCUCCCCCUCCGUCGUUCCUCCUCUCUCAUGA